AUGGAUAUAGCCUUUGUCAAUGUUCAGACCCCAAGGGACGCCCUUCAGCUCGCCAAGGAACCCGAGUUUCGGUCUCACGUGGCACAUCAUCAAUGGAAGCACUCUGCGCGUCGAAAUAAGCGACGCCGGAGGGCAAUGUUGUUACAUGAUUCGCAUGAGACGAAGAAUUCCGAAUAUCCAACUGGGCUCGUGAUCAACCCUUUCAGCUCGGAUCCAGUCUCGAUUUCGCCCCAAAUAGGCGGACUCAGAGUCGAUCCUUUCCAGACAUAUCCUGUCUCAGCUCAACCUUGGACUCCGCUGCUGGUCGAUCACUACUUGAUACACAUGGCAGUUGACAUACCUGAACUUGAUCUGCCUGGAAAACCCGGCCUCUUGAGGACCAUUUGGUUUCCGUUAGUGAUGACUGAGCCCGCCUUGUUCUCUGUCAUUAUUCUUCUUGCGGCGUCGCAUUAUGCCUCCUUGCAGGGUAAUCCUGGCGGCAUGAGAAUCAAUCUCCUCAGUCUUCGCUACGAAGCUGUAUCAUCCAUAAAUCGCAGGCUUGGUGCUCAACGGUCAGAGAGUACAUAUGAUGCUUUAAUAGGGGCCGUAGCAAAAAUGGCAAGCUACGAAGCCAUGUUCGGCAGUCUUGAGAAUUACGAUAUCCAUAUGCAGGGUCUUGCAAAAGCCAUUAGUUUACGAGGGGGCCUCACAUCCCUUGGACUUAAUGGCUUACUCCGUCGAAUCGUGGUCUGGAUUGACCGAAACGCCGCUUUCUUGCAUGGAUCGUCCAUAUAUUUCCCUGUGGACACCAGGGCGUCAGGUGAAACCCCAUCAGAUCCGAAUCCUGGCCAAUUUCUUGGAAGAUCCUGA